AUGAGUCGUUAUCAAGAUGAGCUCAACACCUCGGCCGUCACUGCUCCUCAACGUCAUCCUUUAGAAACACUCGGUCAUGUCCGACUUCAAGAUGAAACAACAGGCCUCACGCUCCUCGUGCCCCAGCCGUCCUCCAACCCCAACGACCCACUUAACUGGUCAAAAGCUUUCAAGAUCUAUAUUGCCGUGCUUACAUGCACGGCGUUGACCUGGGUCAAUUUUUUUGCCGCUGGCCCCGCAACUGUUCUAGUCGAGAUAGUCAUCGAUCUCUUCGGCUCUCCGGAGUCGACUGCGGCAUACGCAACUGGAGUGAGCAAGGCAGCUUUGCUCUUCUCCACGACUACUCUAGCUGCCGGCGUGUCCAACCUACUGUGGGUCCCACUCGCCGUCAAAUAUGGCCGUCGCGCGGUAUAUACUUCCUCUUUUCUCGUUUUUGGACUUUGCUGCAUGUGGUCGACACGUGCUACCUCUUACGGGAGCCUGCUGGCUUCAAGGAUCAUAGCAGCUUGGUUUGCUGGCAGCGCCGAGUGCGUGGCUCCCAUUACCAUUGCGGAUGUUUUUUUCCUUCACGAGAGAGGUAGAAUGACGGCGAUGUACUCGGCAUCGCUCUCGAUGGGUGCCGCUUUAGGGUCACUGAUCUCUGGGGUCAUGUCAAUCUCUCAGUCGUGGAGAAUGUUUCACUAUUUGUGCGCUGCUCUCGUUCUGACCACGACCGUCUUGAUUCUCUUCACCAUGCCCGAAACUGCGUUUCAACGUGACAUGAGCGGAACAGAACAGGAGACAAAUGAGAAGGUUUCACAUGUGUCCGAAGUGGAGCGCGUCGAGGCAUCCAGCACACUUAAGAAAUCCUUGCUCCAACGGAUGGCCUUCAGUCGCUCGUCUCUCACUCAUGAGGCGAUCUGGAAGAUUGCCUUCCGUCCCGUGGCGGUCCUACUGCUGCCACCCGUCCUUUGGUCCACGGUAUCUCUCGGUAUAGGAAUCGGGAUCUUCGUCAUCCUGGCCACUACAGCGGCAACAGCAUUCUCACAGGUUUACAACUUUACUGUCUGGAGAGUGGGAUUAGUCUGGAUCGCGAGCAUUGUGGGUAAUCUGCUGGGCGUUCCUUUUGGUGGUUACUUUUCGGAUUGGGUAGCCAACCGCGCAACCUCGAGGAAUGGUGGUGUUCGUGAGCCGGAAAUGCGCCUUCCUGCUGUGAGCAUCGCCAUGAUCGCCUAUCCCGGAUCGCUUCUGCUCUAUGGACUGGGGAUCAAUUACAAAACAAACUGGAUUGUGCCUACGUUAGGCGUGUUCUUAUUCUCGUUCGGGUGUAGUGCUGCGAUCGGUAUCAGUGUGGCCUAUACGAUUGACUGCUACAGGCCGAUUGCUGGGGAGGUUGUAGUAAGCCAGAUAGUCUUCAAAUCCUUCAUUACAUUUCUCAUGUCCUUCUACGCGAAUCCAUGGGUGGAAUUAGACGGCUAUGCGGAAGCAUUUGGAAUCAUGGCAGGCUUUAGUUUCGUCGUCCUGGCGUUGUGGAUCCCCUUGUAUAUCUGGGGCAAGCGGAUUCGUCAUGCCACUCUCAAAUGGCGCUUGAUGCAACUUGUCCGCUGGGAUGCGGAUAGGGAGACGGGCGAGUAG